GAUCACGACGACGCAAACACCAACCGGCCCCUCCACGAGCACGCUUCCAUCUUCCCUGUGCUGCCCAAGUGAUGGCGACUCCAGCUUCGCCCCGACUGCCCAGCCCCCCGCCAAUCGCCGAGGACCAGCUGUCACCGGCCGUCUCAUCGGAGCAGCAGAAGCUGUUCAGCAACCUCGAUCAUGGCGCCGCAAGGAGGAUACGGCCGGGCACGAGGGCGGAAGACAUGGCAGAGGGGCCUCCGCUUGUGGAGCUAACAGAGAUCGACUCGGCAUUCCAGCUCACCGAACACCUCAAAGCACUGCACAACUUUCUCACACACCCCAUCGGGUCGAAUGGCAUGAUACCCGUGGACAAAGACAUGGCACUGAAGCUGGCACACCCACCCGAUAAUGUAGACAGGACGCUGUGGCUGUACGAGCUGUGCCGCUUCCUCAUCCAGAAGGUCAACUCUAUCAUCGUUGCCCUCUUCUCCGACAGCACGCCAUGCUCCUCGCUCACCUGCCCUGAGAUGCGUGCCUCGGAAUGGCAGUACUUGUGCGCAGUUCAUGAUCCCCCAAAGUCAUGUUGCGCCAUCGACUACUGCUGCCACACGCUGGACUGGGCUGCCAACACGCUCACAUCACCAAAGCAUUUCCCGUCAAGACUCGCUCUCGGCACCGAUCAGUCUACCCAGCACUCCCAGACGCGACAGCUGACCAACAUCUUCCGACGCGUCUACCGGAUAUUUGCACAUGCUUGGUUUCAGCACCGCGACAUGUUCUGGAAAGUCGAGGGGCGCACAGGGCUAUACAUUUUCUACAAGACGGUCUGCGACUUCUACGGUCUGAUUCCUGAUGACAACUACACCGUUCCAGCAGAGGCAGAGGGGAUUGAGCAUCCUCUUGAGUCGAGAUCUGCUCCACCUCUGAUUCUAAAGCGCGAGCCAUCCGAGCCCGGGCCACAGGAUUUGGACAACGUCACCGUUAUCGAGGACAACUCCCUGUCCACUGCAGGCACAACGAAAAGACACCGCCACUCACCGUCUGUAGGCGCCAUGUCCGUCACAACCGUCGUGGAAGAAGCAGAGGAAGAGGAGGAGCAGCCAAAAGCACAGUCACGACCGGUCACUCAGAUCUUCGAGUCCUUGCCCGAUGAUUUUGAAACUAUAGAAUCAGACGAGGCGGACACAGACGCCGAACUCGCAGAAGAGCCGGUGUCUGUUGAUGACGAGCCGGAAAAGCAGAGUACAAGCGACGAUGAGGCGGAUGCUCAACCGCAAGGGGAGAAGGAGGAUGACGAGGAACCAGUUACGGACAAGGCAUCUGGAAUAGAAGCAGAAGCAUCGGACGCGAGCGAGGGGUCCACAGAAGCAGCCAAUGACCCUGUGAUAAAGGAAGAGAAGGAUACGUCGGAAGACACCGACCCUGCCGUGGAAAAGGCCGACGAGGAUGAGAAGUCUGCGGAAUGAGUAUGAUGGGACGAACGCUUAUGGCAUGAUGUUUUUUCUUCUUCUGGCGUGUAAUUAAUAGGUCGCGCCAUGGUGGUUUCGGGGUGUAUGUUUAAUCGAGGAAGAUACCAGUGGCGAAAUCGACUUCACCGUCUUAGUAUGGUCUGUCCCUAAAUUCUACAAUGUCUCACUUGCACGUUGCAAGAAACACGGCAAUGACAUACCGCACAGUCUUGAUUGGCUCAAACAUGCCAGUCGAGCACGUCAGGUGUGCAUUUGCAUUGCGUACGGUGAGUGGGUGUAGUGGCGGUGAUGGUGACAACAUGCAUCGAGUAUCGAGUAUCGAGUAUCUAAAAUCAAACAUCAAGUAU